UAAAUAUUGGUCAAUGGGCUGCCAUAAAAGUAAAUUUUACACUGCAAUGAUAUGAUAUAUAUAGAGCCUACGUGUGUAGAGUCGAUGGACUAUUAAUAGCCUCUGUGGGAAAACCAGCGGCAAGACAUAAAAUGAUCAACCAAAUAAAAAGAAAGAAAAAUUUUACAGUACCAGCGUUCAUCAAGGCAUGUUAAUUAAAAUUAAUUAAAAAUCUACAAAAACAAAAGGGUGGAUGGAUGUGGAGGUUAUACACAAUGUAAUUAAUGGCAGUUAACAGCAAAUCUUUAGGAAACAAAACUUUAUCUCAAAGCACUUUGUAACUGUUUUUAAGGUGCUACAUAUAUAAAGUUAUCACCUCAAAUCAGUUACUUCAUCACAGUCCUUUAUUCCUGAUUCCAUCCUGCACACUGGUCCCUGGUCUAUUAGUUAAUUGAGUCCUCAAAGCAAACAGCCAUUAACCUAUGAAAACCCGCCCUUCCUCAGCCGGGCUCCUCAGCUGCCCGGGCUGUAAACAUUCCAGUCUGAUUGGCUUAGCUGUUGGCCCACAGCCCAAAGAGCGUCUGUAUAAAAACUCCCCAUGUGCUGAAAGCCAGAAUCAGAAAGCAAAAGGGACUCUGAAACUCACAGCGUGUUAUAACAGGAAAAACUGAAUUCACUCUUCAGCACUGCGACUGGAAGAGUUGGAAAAUGUGUAAGGGAUUAGCUGCCUUACCCCAAACCUGCCUGGAAAGGGCAAAAGAGAUCAAGUCAAAAUUGGGAGUUUUGCUGCAAAAGCCGGAAAAUGCCAUCGAUCUCAUCAUCCCCUACCCGGAGAAGACUGAGAAGAAGCCGGAGAAGCUGCAGAAGCCUACUCCUGAGGAAGCUGCUCAGUGGCGUGAGAGUCUGGACCGAGUCCUAAACAACAGCUACGGUGUUGCUGCUUUCCGUAGCUUCCUGCAGUCUGAGUUCAGUGAUGAGAACAUUGAGUUCUGGACAGCCUGCGAGGACUUCAAGAAGACCAAGAACCCCGUGAAGAUGAGCAUGAAGGCCAAGAAGAUCUAUGAGGACUUCAUCCAGUCUGAGGGACCCAGAGAGGUAAACAUUGACCACUUCACCAAGGAUGUGACCCUGAGAAAUCUGGUGGAUCUGUCCCCUGCGACCUUCGACCUGGCCCAGAAGAGGAUCUUCGCCCUGAUGGAGAAAGACUCCUUCGGUCGCUUCCUGCGUUCUGAGCAGUACCAGGAGCUCCUGGUCAACUAAACUGGAGCAGGAGUCUGAGGAG